UCUCAGAUACUUUUUGCCAGUUGAGCCGAGUACGUGAACGUGUCCGGACGUUUUUAUGGACAAGCGAAUUGAGUACCCCCCAAAAACAGCAACCGAAACAGAAACCGAAACCGAUACCGAUACCGAAACCGAAACCUAAUCCAAAACUCAAACUGAACCGUUAGCCAAAACUAAUACAGCUGCCGAUUUAGUUCGAGUGCCGCAGUCCAAGUGCUACGCAGUUUUUCGCGCGUGUCCAAAUUUUCCGCACCACCCUCUGCCCAAUGCACGGGCGGCCUGUUGUAUCUGAGCGGUAACUCGUUUUCGGUUCGGCCUGUGUGCGAAAAUUAAUGAAAUGUUUGCGUCGCGUUUAUGAAUGUAAUUUUUUUGCCAAUUGCCAAUUGUCAAACGCGUAUCUCACAGAUACAUUUGCCAUCAAUAGAAAACAACAAAUCGAGCAAAUUUUGCCUGUUUCUUUUGUUUGCCGAAAUUCGCUUUUGUUUUGAUUUUUGUGUGUCGCGCAACAAUAAAUUCACGCCAAGUGCUUUCCACGCACAAUUUUCCAGCUUAAGAGCCGUAAGGCAGCAUUUUCAGCACUGACAUCCGCAGCUGCUUACUUUUAAGAUUAUACGCAGCCCAAAUUGUGUGUGGAUUAGUCGACGAGUGGAUACACAUGUUUGAGGGCUUCAGAAAGUUUAUGGUGAAAAAAGGAUUGUCUCCCCUAAACUAGUAGAUGACAAUAAGGUUAUCCUGCGUAUGAUUGUAAAUUUUUGUGCGGAACAACAAAAACAACAACAACAAAAACAAAGAAAUAAUAUAAUGCAAUAUGUUUGACAACAAAGUUCCGGCAUUGAAACUGAAAUUAACAAAAUAAAUGUUUUAAAUUAAAAGCAGAAACAACAACAACGUACGCGCAGAAGUAGAGUGAACCACAUUUUGAAUUGUUAAUGGGCCACAAAAAGUGUUAAAUGUUGAUGACGUCGUCGUCGCUGUCGCCGUCGCCGUCGCCGCCGCUGCCUCUGCCGCUGUCAGCGUCGAUUAUUCAACAGUGCUGAAAAGUCAAUUACAGGCUAAACAGCAGACAGAACUACACGAAUGUCGGACGCCAAAUACGAAAGCCAUUGGCAAACUUGGCUAAAACGUAUUUAACCCAAAAUAAAGCGAACAACAGAAAGCGUGAGAGAGACAGAGAUAGAGAGAGAGAGAGAGAGAGAGAGAGAGAGAGAAGAGAGGAGCAGCUGCACCGAGAGACAGUCAACGUCUGGUCACAGCAAAGGCAACUAACCAAACAAACCACACCACAGACUAGGCUCACGAAGGGAGUAAAGCUCCAAGCGGGCUUGCAAACCCGUAGACAGAGAAAGAAACAGAGAGAGAGAGAGAAAGGAACAAGGACAGAGACAGGGACAUAAUGAGCAGACGAGGGUCGUCGGCAAUGGCAGCGGCAAUUACCAUGUCGCCGUCAUCGUUGCUGUCGCUGUUGCUGCUGCUGCUGCCUACAUUGCUGGGGCUGCUCGUGCCGACAAAUGGCCUGGCAAAUUGUCCAAAUGGCUGUGAAUGCGAUGACGAAACUCUGAAAGUCAACUGCGGUGUGGGCACGCUCGAUGUGCUGCCCAUCGCACUGAACCCGUCUAUACAGCGGCUGGUCAUUAAGAACAACAAGCUAAAGACCAUCGACUCAUCGAUGCAGUUCUAUUCACAGCUGCAAUUCCUUGAUUUAUCCUACAAUGAUAUGGUUACGAUACCGGAACGCUCGUUCGCCUACCAUGCCAAGCUGCUGGAGCUGCAUCUGAAUCAUAAUAAGAUUGGGCAAGUGACGAACAAAACCUUUACGGGCCUAACCACAAUUACUGUGCUCAAUCUGAGGGGUAAUCUGAUUGCCGAACUGGAGUACCGCACUUUCUCGCCCAUGGUUAAAUUGGUGGAGCUCAAUCUUGGCCAGAAUCGCAUCAGUCACAUUGAUCCGCAUGCUCUGGACGGACUGAUUAAUUUGAGCAUAUUGUAUUUGGAUGAUAAUACACUCACUACGGUGCCAUCGGAGCUGACAUUCCAAGCGCUGCCCGGCCUGGCGGAACUUUAUUUGGGCACCAAUUCAUUUAUGACUAUUCCGGCGGGCGCUUUUCAGGAUCUCAAGGCCCUGACGCGCCUUGACUUGCGUGGCGCGGGACUGCAUAACAUAUCGGCCGAUGCCCUGAAGGGUCUAGAGGGCAUACGUUUUCUGGAUCUCUCUGACAAUCGCUUGCAAGUCGUGCCCUCGGCUGCUCUGCAGCGUCUGGCCCGUCUGGAGGAGUUGUCGUUAGGCCAAAAUGACUUUGAGGUGAUCGCAACUGGCGCCUUUGUGGGUUUGCGUGAGCUGCGCCAACUGGAGAUUACAGGAGCUCAGCGCUUGCGCCGAGUCGAGAGCGGCGCCUUCACGGACAACACAAAUCUGGAGCAUUUGAAUCUCUCGGCUAACAAGCAGCUCAAUGAGCUGCAUGCGAACACCGUGGGCGGUUUCCCACACCUCAGCACGGUAAUCUUGAAGGAGAAUCAUCUGAGUUCCCUCUCGGAGAGUCUUUUUCCCUGGUCGGACUUGCAAACGCUGGAUCUGUCGGAUAACCCGUUCGUCUGCGACUGCCAGCUGAUGUGGCUGCGUAAUUUGCUCAUCAGUAGGAAUGGCAGCAAUCAGUAUGCUCCCGUCAUCUGCUCCUAUCCAGCUAAUUUGAGGGAUCUACCGCUGACACAGCUUGCAGAGCCGCUGCUGGGCUGCACCCACGGCACGGGCAACAAGCAGGCCAUUAUUGGCAUCAUGGUCGUCGCCUGUGCGGCGCUGAUAACCACCUUGGCACUGAUAAUCUAUACGUGUCGUCGUCGUAUACGCGAAAUGCUUAAGGGCCACUCGGCGCUGGGGCGCAAGGAACGCGAGUAUCAGAAAACCUUUUCGGAUGAGGAGUACAUGACGCGACCGCCGCCUGGUUGCGGUGGUGUGCAUCCUGCUUCGGGAUAUCCCUGCCCUAGUGGCAUCAAUUCAUCGCAAUAUUUGGGCAGCCGGUCGAUACCAGUCACAGAGCUAUAGCUAGAAGCUCCACCCCCACCUCAGCUGCGGGGUCGGGGUGGUGCCCCCUCCAGUCAUAACGGUCCAAUGGCAUCCACAACCUCAGGAACGCCGCUGCAGCAGCUGCAGGUGCCCAGUGCUGUUGAUGCGUCGCAUGCCCCCUUCGCCCAACUCAGCCACAUCCACUACAUGACCAACAAUCCGCAGUCAGCGGCAACAACAACAGCAACAACAACACCCCGCUCUCAUCACUCGCAACAGGACAUGCGACUGCUGGCCAAUGGCGGCGGCAAGGUACUCGGCCUAAAUGCCUCCCUGCCCCGACACAUGGCAGGACGUCAGUGCGGUGUGCAGGAAAGCACCCUGUCCCAUUACAGUCAACCACUUGCCAAUGGCCAUGCCGGCAUACGCCUCACCCAGGAUCACUUCAAUCACAAUGGCAUCGGCGGCGGAGCCGGCGUCUAUGCCAAACCCUGUGAUGCGAUGGCCGAAGCUGGAUAUAUACACAACAAUUCGCACUAUUCGUUGCCGCUGGAUCAUGAUAUGCCGCCCAGUCCGACACCCACACCGCCGCCGCCAGCGCUGCCGUUGCGCAAUGGCAUGGGCAUGGCUCUGGUGCAUGGCAAUACGACUGGCAGGCGUUCCUUUAAUAGCAACAACAAUAACGUGGCAACUCUCUCAAACAACAAUCACAAUGGCGUCGGCGGCGGUGCAGUGUUGGUCAAUGGCAAUUACAACACCAACGGCAGCAACAACAACAAUAAUGGCAGCCUGCGUCGCUAUCACUGAUAUACGCUUAAAUCGUGCGGCACAUUGGGCCGCACCAAGCCGCAGCAGCGGGGCGGGGAUAUUGAAAUGUACCACUUCUACAAGGGCUGACGAGGAAUAGGAUCACAUUGUGUUACUUUAACUAUGCAUUAAUUAAUAUUUAUGUAUUGUAUAUUUAGUUACUUAUAUUCAGGCGAAAUCAUUUUGUAUAAAUUAGAUUUUAGUUUAAAAAAGAGAAGAGAAACAAAAGGCAGCAGCAAAUGAGCAGAGCUGAUAUGUAAAUACAGUUUGACAUGCAUUGCAUUCUAGAUAGCGCAUAGUUUGGUCUUAAACUGUUGACAUUUAGCAAUACAGUUUUAACAGCUGCUGACGUUUACCAACACAGCGCACUCCUUUCUUUUGCUGCUAUGUGCAGGGUCUUUUUCGCAUCCAGUGAUUUACCUAAUAAGUUUUACUUAGCCAUUUAAAUGCAUGUAAAUAAUUAAAUGCUAUGCACAAAAACUAAAUGAAUAUAAACAAAAUAAAGACAAAAUACUAA